ACUUGGUCGCAGAAUAUCGACUAUGAAGAAUACUACACCACUCGUGAUCCCGACUUGCUUGCUAGCAAUUUCACAACAAAUUUAGCUUUUUUAACAAACAAUUGGCGGCACAUGUUAGGAAGACCGACCAUAACUCUAAUGGCCACACAUUACAUGCUAGACCAAGAUAAAAUACCUCUGGCCAUGAUUCAGACAAUGCGUAAGCUCAAGUCCGGCUAUAUUAAUGGCACGCGUGUAAUGUUGGGUAAUCUCAAAGAUUUCCUGAAUACGUCAGCCAUCACAGACCUCAGUUUUUUGGGCAGCACCGAAGAUGGCUACCCCGAUCGCCUACAUCCCGAUGUGCAGGCCUAUUUGGACGAACAUUUGUUGCGCUCAUUCAGUCAUCGUGGUAUGAUGAAGCUACACGGAGGCCACCUACGACCGCGCCAGUUACGUAGGCGCAUGUCUUGCAAGGGUGCCAUUAAAAAGACGCGUUCGAUAAAUGUCGAUUCUGACAACCUGGGCAUGGAAGGGCCAACACCAUUAAUAGAAAGGCGACUUUCUUCGGUGGUGCCACCGCCAUGGCUGCAAUCAAAUAAAGCAAACAAUAUCAGUGUGUUUGACACAACACCGGAGGAAGGGCCUCCUAAUUUGGUAAUAGAUCCGCUGAUUCGCGAAAAUAUCUACCCCAUUGACCCACAUCAUAAUCGCUCGGCUAUUGAACGUCGCAGUGAGUUUACAAGACAGCAAGAAAUACAAGCUAUACCGAAAAUUCUCGUUCAACGCCAUCGCACGGAUACAAAUUUCGCUGAUACAGAAGUGGAGGAACUGAUUGCAAUGCUGCGUGAGACGGAAAAUCUCGAAGAACAAGGCGACAUUUUGCAAUACUUGGUCGACACCCAAGGUUUGGACUUCAAUACGGCUGGCUUAGGUUUGAAGAAUAAGGAUUCCGUUGAAAAUUCUAAUAUGAUUGCAAUGUUUCACAUAUAUGUAGACCAAGAUAAAAUACCUCUGGCCAUGAUUCAGACAAUGCGUAAGCUCAAGUCCGGCUAUAUUAAUGGCACGCGUGUAAUGUUGGGUAAUCUCAAAGAUUUCCUGAAUACGUCAGCUAUCACAGACCUCAGUUUUUUGGGCAGCACCGAAGAUGGCUACCCCGAUCGCCUACAUCCCGAUGUCCAGGCCUAUUUGGACGAACAUUUGUUGCGCUCAUUCAGUCAUCGUGGUAUGAUGAAGCUACACGGAGGCCACCUACGACCGCGCCAGUUACGUAGGCGCAUGUCUUGCAAGGGUGCCAUUAAAAAGACGCGUUCGAUAAAUGUCGAUUCUGACAACCUGGGUAUGGAAGGGCCAACACCAUUAAUAGAAAGGCGACUUUCUUCGGUGGUGCCACCGCCAUGGCUGCAAUCAAAUAAAGCAAACAAUAUCAGUGUAUUUGACACAACACCGGAGGAAGGGCCUCCUAAUUUGAUAAUAGAUCCGCUGAUUCGCGAAAAUAUCUAUCCCAUUGACCCACAUCAUAAUCGCUCGGCUAUUGAACGUCGCAGUGAGUUUACAAGACAGCAAGAAAUACAAGCUAUACCGAAAAUUCUCGUUCAACGCCAUCGCACGGAUACAAAUUUCGCUGAUACAGAAGUGGAGGAACUGAUAGCAAUGCUGCGUGAGACGGAAAAUCUCGAAGAACAAGGCGACAUUUUGCAAUACUUGGUCGACACCCAAGGUUUGGACUUCAAUACGGGGAUGCUGGAGGAAGGCCGCGUAGUUACGGUGCGUGAUCUCCUCAAAGGCCUCUAUGAAAAGGCAUGUCAACAAAAGCUGUGGGGCCUAGUGCGUCACACAGCCGGUAUGUUGGGCAAACGUGUGGAGGAUCUAGCUAAGGCAGUAACGGACUUACUCGUGCGCCAGAAGCAGGUGACUGUAGGAAUGCCACCAAACAAUGAAUACACGAUUACAGCACCUUUACCGGAACUUGAGCUGCGCCAGCUAAUUCACGAUACUUAUGGCGACGAUGAGAGUACCGCUAUGCUUACCCAAGAGUUAAUGGUAUACCUUGCCAUGUUUAUACGCACCGAACCACAACUCUUCCACGAAAUGUUGCGCCUGCGAGUAGGCCUCAUUAUACAAGUUAUGGCUAAAGAAUUGUCGCGUACCCUCAACUGUGACGGUGAAGCGGCUUCAGAGCACUUACUCAAUCUUUCACCAUUUGAAAUGAAGAAUUUGCUCUACCACAUACUUAGUGGAAAAGAGUUUGCUGUAAGCAGUGUUGCACGGGGCAAUCUUUCCAUCGUUAGCUGUAAGUCAAGUCGGGUCAGCAAGAAAAGCCAAAUUGGUUUGGGCGAACAAGAGGGCGACGAUGCGAUUAUUGCAACUAUCGACGAUCGUCAAGGUCAAUGGUUGCGUCGCCGGCGCUUGGAUGGUGCCCUAAAUCGUGUACCACGUGAUUUCUAUUCUCGUGUUUGGAGUGUACUUGAAAAGUGCCAAGGGCUGGCUAUUGAAGGUCGCAUACUACAGCAGAGUUUGACGCAGGAAAUGACUCCAGGCGAGUUGAAGUUCGCUUUGGAAGUUGAAACUGCACUGAAUCAAAUACCACAACCCGAAUAUAGGCAGUUGGUAGUUGAGGCUCUUAUGGUGCUAACACUAAUGACAGAACACAAUAUGGUUCCCUCUCUGGGCGGCAUAAUCUAUGUGGAACAUUUGGUACACAAAGCCAAUCAACUUUUCCUAGAGGAUCAACGGAAAGUCCAGGGCGAUGCCAUGUUGUGCUGCGCAAAGUCCAAAGAGGGCAAGGAUCAACAAGCAGCUUCUGGUAUGCUUCUGUGUGGGGGCGCUGCUUACAUUUGCCAACAUCUUUAUGACAGUGCACCCAGUGGUAGUUAUGGUACAAUGACUUAUAUGGCUCGUGCUGUCGCACUUGUGCUGGAUUGUGUUCCAAAGCAUGGAGAGAUGGAAUGUGUAAUAUCUUAAAUCUGUUAACAGAAACUUCAGAUACUUGGUCAGCCACUACUUCGCUCUAUUGAAGCCAUUAUUAAGUCAGAUGCUGGCUGCCGUCGUUUUUUUUUAUUAUAUUUUGUGUGUUUUUAUUUCGACUUCGAAGGUCUACAUACAUAAAUGAUUAAGCAACUACGAAUUCAAAAACUAUUUUACUUAAAAUGCUCGAACGAUAGUACGAUAUUUUAAAAGGAUACAAAUAUUAAUGACAAUGUUUUCGACAGGAAGGAGCACAUUUGACACCGUUUUUGGUAUUUUUGCUGUUUAAGAGUUUUUAUUCAAAUAAAGUUAUUAUGCAAAUGUA